AUGUCUCCCAAGCUCAUAAAGCUGGUGGUCAUCUCGGAUAUCAUAUGCCCAUGGUGCUACAUCGGUCAGAAGGAGCUCCUUGCUGCCGUUGAGGAGAUGUCGUCUGUUCCUGACGUCUGCCCCGUCGAAUUCGACAUCGAGUUCCGGCCGUUCCGCCUGUUAACCUCCCUAAAGGACGGGGAACCACCGGUAGACAAGAUGACGUGGUACACGCAGCGGUUCGGUAAAGAGAAACUGGAGAAUAUCGAGAAGAUGGUCGGGGCCCGGGCGGAGAAGGUCGGAGUGAAAAUCUCCUGGGGCGGCUUGCUAUCGCAAUCGACAGCCGCCCACCGCUUGAUGCUGAAGGCGUGGAAGAAAGGAGGGCAGAGGCUCCAACAGCCCCUUCUGACGCUGCUAUUCAAGGCGUUCCUCGAAGACGAGAAGGACAUUGGAGAUAAAGAGGUGUUAGCGGAGUGUGCCGAGGAGGCGGAUGUGAUGAGCAAGGAUGAGGCUAUCAAGUUUCUGCAGUCGGAUGAAUGUCGUGCGGAGGUGAAUGCUAUGAUCGCGGACUCAAGAGCGAAAGGUAUUACUGGUGUGCCUUUCACUAUCAUCGACGGGAAGUGGGCUGUGAGCGGAGGUCAGACCUCGGAUGUGUAUGUUCAGAUUUUCAAGAAGCUGGCGUCGAUGGAGAUACCAACCCCUACGGGCACGCCAGGCCCCUCAAAGUAA